CUCUCUGCGGUGCAAACGCGCACCUCAGAGGAUCUUAACUCGAGUUAAUGCGAAGGAGUCAAUACCAUCGCUCUCAUCUCAUAUUUAGAUUCCUGCAUCGACGGCCGGACCUGGUCACUGAUAGCCUGUGAGAGAAAUCAGAUCUAGCUCUCUCUUCCUUUGCUCCCAGUUCGAACUAGUCUAGGAAGAAGAUGGUGAUGAUAUUGAGCGCCUUCGCCUCCAGAUUUGGCGAACUCCUCUUUGAUUUGGCGAAGGAAGAGGUUGAAAUGCUCUGGGGUGUGCAUGGCGAGAUCAAAAAGCUCCAGAACAAGCUCCGUAUGAUCAGCGAAGUCCUUGUCGAUGCCGAGAGGAGGAGGAUCAAUGACAGGGCGAUUGAUUACUGGCUCAAGCAGCUUGAGGAUAUUAUGUACGAUGCCGAUGACAUCCUCGACCGUUGUCGCAUCGAGGCCGACAAGCGUAGCGAAGGAUCUUCCUCCACUUCUUCGGUACGCUUCUCCUUUCCCUUUCUCUCUAGCAUCCGAAAGCUUCCAGUUGAUCAUGAGAUUGGCACGAAAAUUAGAGAACUCAAUCAGAAGCUUGAAGAGAUUUGGAAGUGGAGGUCCGAAUUCAAUCUCGAACUCACUUCCCCUGACAUGCAGCAAGUGACAUCUCCAAUUUGUCGCAAGACAUCUCCGGUAGUUGAGAUUGACAUUGUAGGAUCUAGAAUCGAAGAGGACACUCAGAGCUUGGUUGAUUUGCUAAUUAAGGAUGACAGCCGGAAAAACAUUCUUGUUUUUGCCAUUGUUGGUGCAGGGGGGAUUGGCAAGACUACACUUGCUCAAAGGAUAUAUAAUGAUCAGAGGAUUCAGGAGAAGUUCUCAGUGAAGAAGUGGGUGUGCGUAUCGCGAGAGUUUGAUGAGAUAAAGUUGCUGAAAGAUAUCUUGGAUGGUGACGAGAAUGAUCGUGCCCGGGAUCAGAGUAGGUCCUCGCUUGAUCCCAGAGUCCAGAGCAAUCUUCGGGGUAAGAAGUUGUUUCUUGUUCUUGACGAUGUUUGGACGGCAAACGUUUGGUGCGACUUGUUACGUAACACAUUAUAUGGUUGUGCUGCUGGCAGUAGGGUCCUUGUCACUACAAGAAAUGAACGGAUCGCGAUGCAGAUGAUGGCAGUGAACACCCAUCACGUGGACAAGCUAUCUUUAGGAGAUGGUUGGUCAUUGCUUUGCAAGAAGGUGGUCUUGACAGGUGAGGAGGGAGAGAUCCAGCAUCUAAAAGACAUAGGGAUGGAGAUUGUUAAGAAAUGUGAUGGCCUUCCUCUAGCCAUUAAAGUGGUUGCAGGGGUGCUAUGCGCCAAGGAGAAGACCAGGCGAGCUUGGAAUAGAGUUCUUGAAAGCACCGCAUGGUCCACAUCUGGGCUUCCUGAGGAGGUUAUGGGAGCAUUGUAUUUGAGUUACGAAGACCUACCAAGCUAUUUGAAACAAUGUUUUGUAUACUGCUCAUUAUUUCCCGAAGACCAUCAAAUUGAAAUGGAUUAUAUUACUAAACUUUGGAUUGCUGAGGGAUUUGUGAAAGCUGAGGGGAGUUCGACAAUGGAAGAGACAGCAAAAGAGUACUACAGAGAGUUGACUAUGCGAAAUCUUCUGCAGGCAAAUUUCCGGGUGCAUGACCUCUUGCACUGUCUGGCUCGGCAUAUGGCACGAGAUGAGAGCUUAGUUCUCACGAACAUGCACAAAGUAGGCGGCAGUGAUGAGCUGAUGAAGCUGCGCCGGGCAUUUGUGCCACGCUAUAAAAUUACAGACAAUGAAAUAACAGAAAUCUAUGACGUCCUUAUAAAACAUGACUCGCUGAGGACUCUAUUGUGGCAUGCGAGCUUGAUGUCUGAGACUCGGAUGGAUGUUGUUUUUGAUAAACUUUCUCGUUUAAGAGUGCUGGAUUUGUCAUUCACGGAAAUUGAAAGAUUGCCAGACUCUUUGGGAAACCUUAUAUAUCUGAGGUACCUAAAUAUCUCAUGUUCUAAGAUCAGCGUGAUACCAGAAAGCAUAGGGAAUCUCAGAAAUCUACGGUUCUUGGAAAUGCGGGAAUGUCAGCACAUUUCUCGCCUUCCCAACGGUAUCGUGAAUUUGCACAACCUAAGGAGUCUUACAGUUAAUUCUAUGAAGGGGGUUGGGAUGCCGGCAGGGCUGGGAAGGCUUCAAAAUCUUCAUACUCUGAGGGAAUUUAAUCCGCCGAGCAACCGUGCAGAGGGAUGGUGCACGAUUGAAGAAUUGAGAUCCCUCUCGUGUCUCACGGAUCUCUCAAUCGGUAAGCUGGAGCGUAUAUCCAGCAGCUCCGAGGCAAGAGCAGCCGAACUUAGAAACAAGCCCAAGCUUGGGUCGCUCCGAUUAAGUUGCAGCUACGACCUUCGGCCCAGCGAGGAGGAGAUGAAGAGAAUCGAGGUGGUGUUUGAAGCGCUCCACCCUCCACCUUGUCUAGAAGAACUAGAGAUCAGUGAUUACUUCGGCCAUGAGUUCCCAAAGUGGAUGGCAGAGACAUCUCCAUCAGCAUCAAUUCUUUUUCCAAAUUUGAGGCAUCUAUCUCUACUCCAUUGCGGGUACCAUGAGCGGCUUCCACCUUGCGGGCUGCUCCCUAAUCUAGAACAUCUUGCCAUCUGGGGUGCUGCGUCAGUCAUAGACGUUGGACCUGAAUUUUUGGUUGGUACUAAUAGCAGUACUAGUAGUGCCGACAGCAGAAUGGGAGUAGAUACCUCCAAGUAUGCAUUCCCCAGGCUGGAGACACUGGUGUUUCGUUGUUUGCCUAAUUGGCAGGACUGGCAUUGGGAUAAAGGAACAAAAGCAAUGCCAUGUCUGAACUACCUGUGGCUUGAUGACUGCCCCAAGUUGAUGUCUCUUCCCGAGGGUCUCCUGCUCCAUGCAACCUCCCUGACAAAAUUGGACAUCAGCUUUGCCACCAGCCUAACAACAAUUGAGAACCUCCUUUCACUCAAAGAAUUGAUUAUAACCGUUGCUCCCAAGCUGGAGAAACUUUCAGACCUCCCUGCGCUCACAAUCCUCCAGGUUGCAUACUGCCCAGAAUUGCGAGUGGUGGAGAAUCUUCAAUCUUUAAAAAGAAUGAAACUGAUCAAUUACGACAUGAAAUCACUCCCAUCAUACUUGCUGAAAGGAGUGCAAACAGGUAUAAAGAAAAGGAAAAGAGUAGAGAUAGCACAUCUGGAGAAGCUGGAGAUCAUGUGCAGCUCAGAACUGGCAAGAAAUAUUUGCCACAGGGCCAGCUCAGAGUGGCCAAAAAUCCAAGACAUCCAGCAGGUGCAUGUAUCCUCUGAGGAUGGACCUGUGCUUGUCUACAACAAGUCCCCCUUCAGCUUCACAACAGAGUUCGAGGACACCAGCAGCAGUAGCAGUUCCGGGAUGCCCUCAAGUAGCAGUGGCAUUAAUCCCUGAUCCGUGCCUCGUCCAUACUCCCUGUCAACCAUGGUUAUAGUUCUUUCCAGGGAUGCAGACUGGCUUGGGCCUAUAUUGUUUAAUGGUUCAUACAAUUGCACUUAGUGGUACAGUUUCAAAGCAUCUCCUUACCCUGGACAAGACUCUUUAUGGUGUGUUGUCAUCCUUGGUGAUAUGGAAAAGGCAGAAGCUGAUGGUGCAAAUGAAUACAACAAGUUUCUGCCAGGCUCCCUCAACACUAGUUACCAGCUAAUCAAGGACCUGAAUAACAUGGAUAUGGUUAUCCAUAUUGGAGAUAUAUGCUAUGCAAAUGGAUACAUAUCACAGUUGGAUUAGUAUGCAUAACAAAAGGAACCCACUGCUUCAGCUAUGCCCUAUAUGAUUGGAAGUGGUAAUCAUGAGCAUGAUUAAUUGGCCUGGAACAGGAUCCUUCUAUGACAAAAAGGAUUCAGGUGGAGAAUGUGGCGUAUUAGCUGAAACCAUGUUUUAUGUUCCUGCAAAGAACAGGGCAAAAUUCUGGUAGUCGACAGAUUAUGUAUGUUUCGCUUCUAUACAGCUGACACCGACCAUGACUAGAGACCGGGGACUGAGCAGUAUAAAUUCAUCGAGCACUGCCUACCAUCAGUUGAUAGACAAAAGCAGCUAUGGUUGAUCUUCCUUUCUCAUUGGGUUGUUGGUUAUUCCUCUGGAGCGUACUAUGGUCUAGAAGGAUCCUUUGAGGAGCCAAUGGGAAGAGAUUUGCUUUCAAGAGCUAUGGUAGAAGUAAAUGGUUGACAUUGCCUUUUGUGUUCAACUGUGAAAGAACAUGUCCAAUUUUCCAGCAUACUUGCGUGUGGAACGCAUCACACCAUUAUAUCAUGGUCCAUUUGCAGAAACCACCCAUGUAGUUGUUGGAGGUGGAGGUGCCAGCCUUCCCACUUUCUCCAAGGUUCAGACAAUGUAGAGUUAUUUUCAAGAAUUUGGAUUUGUGAAACUCACUGCUUUCAACAAUUCUUCACCGGUGUUUGAGUACAAGAAAAGCAGUGAUGGUAGGGUCUAUCUCACGUGAUUAUCGUGACAUCUUAGUUUUUGCCGUUGACAGUUGCUCGAGAGCUACAUUGGCUACUUGAGCCUGCCUAUGAAAUGUAUUAGUAAAUGUAUCCCUUAGAAGGGAGGGUUGUCAUCACAAUGAAAUGUAUUAGUAAAUGUAUCCCUUAGAAGGGAGGGUUGUCAUGUGAUGACAAGAUCCUGCUUAAGGAUGAUAUGCUAUCUCAAUGCUCGCAAAACUGCUAAUAGAUCAUAUACUGCUAGUGCUAAAAUGUGUUAAAUUCCCACCAA